AUGUAUAACCUCCCCUUCUUGAUCGUUCGACUCGAAAAGCACGACGUGAUAUUAGGUCGCAUGUGGUUGGCAAAGUACGGUGUCAUGGUUGACUAUGCCCGUCGUCAGCUACUAUGGCCAGAGGAAGUCUCCCUGAAGGAGGAGAUCCAGGCGAAGCAGUUCGUACCACUGCCUAAGAAGUUACUCCUACGUGACCGCGAGAUAGAGAUCUCUCACCAGGAGGAUGCGGAACAGCGGGACAAAGCCUUCAAUCAGCAAGACGUUACAAAGCCGCGCAUCCCGAUUCCUCGAUCGCACGGAGGAGACCUCGUCCAAAAAAAACCUCGCGCACCUAUGAAAACGCACCCACGCAGCAUGGGCCCGAAAAGAGGUAAAAAGGGCACUCCGUGGCCAGAACCACGGUUUGCAGAUGACCCUGAUAUACGCGCAUAUGUAGCUGCAGCCAUCAAAGAUCUCGAGGCACUGAAGAAGCACCAAGAAGCACUGGAGAUUGGCAUGCCCCGUGAGCUCUCUACUUCCGUGGUUGACGCGUUCUUAUACCUGGCUCGAAGGGUGAAGAAUACGCCUACGAAUGAGCAACUAGCGCAGCGGCUCGCGAAGGUCGAAUUACACGUGGAAAAGACGCAGAAAGAGGUAUCUCAGGCCUCUCGAGAGAUUACUACGACCAAAAGCAACACGAACCGCCUGGUGGAGGCAAUAUGCCACCCAACAUCCCCAGGGACACGUACCGCGAAAAAUUCUCCAAGCUUCAGUCACGUGACAACUAGCUCAGAGUCGUACGUACAGGCCUGGGGACGUAAGGUGCCCUCGAACCCUCCCACGGUCCCUAGCGUGGGAUUGAGUAGUGGAGGAAGCUUGCCAUCAACCCCAUAUCCAAGCCAGGAGGACCUAGAGGUCUAUCUGGAACAUACCGAUCCAAAUAUCCUCAACCCGAUACGUCGAUUCCCGGAUAAGGUGGUGGAGAAGGCAAAUCUCGCAAUACGCAGCACUCAAGACACCACCAUCGCACAUCGACGAAUUGCGGCAGCCCGUAUACUACCUAGUGGCGAUAUUAUACUCUUACUAGGCACAGUGGACGACGUCGACCAGCUUACCCGCAAGAAGGACUGGAUUAGGGCAUUCGGAAACGAAGCACGUAUACGAAAACGUACAUGGGGCGUCGUCGUACACGGCGUCAACACGAAUAUCAACCCCAAACAGCCUCAAUUCAUAACCACGCUUACCUCAGAGAACGCCCCGGUGUUCGCGCAGCUUCCAGCCUCUAUGAAUGUCAUACACACGGGCUGGCUCCUAAGCAAGUAUAAGAUCAAGGAACAGAAGCUCACAAAUGCCCACCUUGUAGUCAUAUUUGAUAAUGAAAGGAUUGCUAAUUUUGCAAUCCAACGCGGCCUUAUUAUUAAGGGAAGACAGCACAAUAUCUUAAUAUACGACAAAGCAGCCAAUCUCCAGCAGUGCUUCAAGUGCACUGUCAGCGCCAGAUCUGCUGCGCGUACUGUGCUGGAUCUCAUGAUACAGGGGAUUGCCCUACACCGAAAGAGAAAGAAUACGCUAAAUGUGCUAAUUGCACCGCAGAAAAUGUCUAUAUCAAAGAUCCUGUCAAGAGACUUAAUACGAAACACUUUGCGUACGCGAGGGAGUGCCCGAUACGAGCUACAUGCCUUGCAGAGGCACAUUAACGACGUAUAUACAGCCCAUAAUAUUACACUCCUUAAGAGCGCAGCAGCCGCCCGAAAACGAGUGGCAGAACGAUCUGAGCCCGAGCCGAUAAGCCCUACAUCAGGUGACCCUACCAAUAGAUCCUCGAAAAAGCCUAUGAGAGCGCAGUGGGAUAAAGAUCUAGUUAUAGAUGCAGAUCCUAAUCCUGAACCUAAGACAGGACCUGAGACCCAGAUCAAAUAUACAUAUAACACACGUGCACAAAUUUCACAUGUGCAAGCUGUUAGGACUGUCCGCCGAAGUAAGAGUGUGCGUACGAUCCCAGACGAUGACUCAUCUGAGGAUGAACUUACCCAGCCAUCAAUCCACGAAGCCCCUCAGGAUCCAAUCGAGCCAGCUCAGGAGGCUGAUACGCUAAUGACCACGAACCUUGAAGACAGCACCUGGGCUAACAAUCAGUAA